AUUCUCUUCCUUCUCCGAGUCUGACUGCUGAAUCUCUAGAAGUAAAUAUAAGUGAACCCAAGAAAAGAAAGAGAAACAGAACUCUGAAUAAUGAAACCGGCGUCCUGUUAUUUGUUAGGAUACAUUUUCAUAUUUCUUCUUCAAGCGGUGUCAUCAGAUGAGGACAGAAAGAAAUGGUCCUUCUCAUUUAUAGACUCCAUUAAAGCACAGAAGAAUUCUGAUAUGUCCAUUCCCUGCACAUUCACUUCUCCUAAAGACAGCAAGAACAUCAAUCUGAUUUGGUAUAAGUACGAUGUUUCAGGACACCCCCAGGUCUUCAAUAGUAAAGACCCCUCUCGGGUUAUAGAAGAGUACAGAGGACGGACAAGUCUUGUUUCUACAGGAACAAACAACUGCACACUGAGAAUCAAGGAUGUGAGAGAGACAGAAUGGUUUUAUCCAGGAAUAAGUGAAGACAUAAAUUCCUACAGCCUUAAUAACAGCCAGAAUGCCAUGGUCAAAGUCACAGUGGUGUCAUCAGAUGAGGACAGAAAGGAAUGGUCCUUCUCAUUUCCAGACUCCAUUAAAGCACUGAAGAAUUCUGAUGUGACCAUUCCCUGCACAUUCACUGCUCCCAUAGACCUCAGUGAGGUCAAUCUGGUUUGGUUUAAGUAUCAACGUAUAGGAUACCCCCAGAUCUUCAAUAGUAAGGACCCCUCUCAGGUUAUAGAAGAGUACAGAGGACGGACAAGUCUUGUUGAUAACGGAACAAACAACUGCACACUGAGAAUCAAGGAUGUGAAAGAGACAGAAGGGUUUUAUCCAGGAAUAAAUAAAGAGAUAAAUUCCUAUGACCUUAAUAACAGCCAGAGUGUCCAAGUCAAAGUGACAGGUUGCUCUGAUGACAAAUCAUGUGAGGACUGGAAAUUUACAUUCCCAUUAGUUAUUUUUGCUGUAAAAGGUUCCUGUGUGGACAUCCCCUGCACAUUCACCCGUCCUGAAGAUGCUAAAGAUUAUAAUUUCUUCUGGUACUCAAGAGAUGAUCAGGCCAAAAUCUUCAACAAUAAAACCCCGAAUGAUGUGGCCGAUGAAUACAAAGGACGGACAUUUCUUACUGGGAAUACAGAAAAUAAUUGCUCCAUAAAGAUCAUCAAUGUGGAGAAAACAGAACGUUAUUAUCCAGGAAUAAAUAUUGAUAUCAAUUCCGAUAAACUCGAAAAUAGAUAUGUUUUAGUGUCUGUGACAGACACACCACCAGAACCAUCAAUAUCAGGAACUGAAAAUCUGGAAGACAAGAAGAUGGUGAUCAUCUCCUGUGCUGUAAAUCACACCUGUCUCUCCCAUCCCCCGACUCUUACAUGGAACAUCACUGGUCACCCCAUAAUGGAGAAUCAUAAAGAUCUGCAUUUUCUAGGAAGGUGGACGAUGGAGUCCAGAAUGACCUAUACUGCUUCCUAUACAGAUGACAAGACGGUUCUGCAAUGUGCAGCUACUUUUCCUAAUAAUAAAACAUCUGUUAAAAUAAUUACACUAAAUAUUAAAUAUCGUCCUAGGAGCGUCACCAUAUCAGUUGAUGAUGAUGACAAGAACGCACAAGAAGGUGAUGAUGUCACAUUACUUUGUUCCAGUCAAGCCAAUCCUCCGGUAAAUAAUUACACCUGGUACCAGAUUGGUGAAGGUGGGAAGUUAUUACAUGGACACGGGGAUAAAAUAUCUGUGAAGAAUACAACAACUGAAAAAUAUAUCUGCGCUGCAACUAAUGAAAUGGGAAAAGAAGAGUCCUCUGUGUUCGUGUUUACCAAGCAAUCGGGAAAUGAAAGAAGAAUCCUGUAUGCCGGGAUCGGAACUGGAGCGGGACUUGUGUUUAUAAUUGUAUUGAUCGUCUUUUUCUGCAUAUGUAGAAGAAAAAGAAAGACUUCUGUUUUAAAAGUGACGACUGCAGAGAAGACUCAACAGGAGACGAUACCGAUGGAUGAUCAUCUGUAUGGAAAUAUUGAUCAGCAACAGAGGGCUAUACCCAGAGAAAGUUCUUCAGAAUUACAGGAUUCUUCUCAUAUAUACAAUAAUACUGAUCCAGAACGAAGCAACAUUAUCAAAAACACAGAAGAAGGGCAGACUGAGGACUCCGACGGUGUUAUAUACACUUUACUGGAACUACCAGCUCCAGGGGAAGGCCCACAACAACCAACAUCUUUGGAAACAGAAUAUGCAAUUGUAAAACAUUAGGGACUAAUAAAAAUAAUAAUUAUAAUUUGGAUGGGAACACGUAACAGACCUAACCAUUGAGAUACCCUGUUUACUAUUAGAUGCAAAUAUAUAUAUAUUUUUUUAAAGAGCCAUUAAUUCAAUAUAGUGAUAUUUCGUUCUUAUGUUUUUUCCUAUACGUUCGUUAAGUAUUUAUUAUGUUUAUAUAUAUAUAUUGGGAUAUUGGGGAAUUCUGCUCAGUAAUAGAAGCAUUUGUAGAGUCCACACCAGUCCGAACUGUGGUUUUAAAGGGGCUGUAAAGGUUCAUGUUUUUUCACCUUAAUGUAUUCUUUCCGCCCAAGUGACUCUCGUCACAAGGGCCUCACAUUAUAAACAA